AAAUCCCACCUUGGUUUUCCUUGAACCCCAAAAGAAAUAGCAUGCACGUAUCUUUGACUAUAAUUUCCAUUUCCAUUGAUUGUUCUAGCUAUUAACUCUUUACUUUUUUUGGACAUAGCUUAAAUUCAUCUGGGUUUGGGGUAAAAUAGGCUAGGAUGGUGGGUGGUGUAUCUGUUGCGGUGGAAUCGCACAGUUGCCCAUAUUUGUGGGUGGAUGCUGUUGUUCCUAUCACCACUGGUGUGAAGAGGAAGCACUUGGUGAAGCGUGGAACCGUGCAACUCAGAAGUUCCUUCAUUGAAUGGCACCACAGUCAUAGUGUUAAUACACGUUUCAAGAAGCAGUGCAGGCACAAGGAGAGGACUAGAACACUCACUAUUGUCAACGAGCUCGGUGGUCAAUAUGAAGACACUUUUCAUGAUGUUAAAACGCAAAUAAUCAAUUAUUUCACAUACAAGGCUGUCAGGACUGUUCUCCAACAGUUGUAUGAGAUGAACCCUCCUCAAUAUAGGUGGUUCUAUAAUUUCGUUGCAACAAAUCAUCCAGAAGAUGGGAAAUAUUUUCUAAGAUCCCUCGGAAAGGAGCAACAUGAACUUGCUGAAAGAGUGAUGGUAACACGGCUUCACCUUUAUGGCAAAUGGAUCAAGAAAUGUAAUCACGCAGAGAUAUAUCAAGAAAUAUCUGAUGAAAACUUGGAGUUGAUGAGGGAACGGCUCAUGGAAACUGUAAUAUGGCCUUCAGAUGACACCAACACAGAAAAAAUUGGCUGAUAAGUUAGGACCCUUCAUACCAUCUUUUCCCUUCAAGCUUUUAAUCUUAGUCUAGCUAUAAUUUUGGUUUCUCUCUAAAUUCCUUAUGUGUCCUUUUCUCUUAAUAGGAUUGCUAGUAAUACGUUCUAUAAAUUGUGUAUCUCUAUACCUUUCCAAAUACGAUCCAUUAUUUAGAUAGUUUGAAAUGAAGGAUUUGCAAGAAGGAUAAAAAAUUUGGCAUUUGUUUGAGAGUAUAA